AUGAAGUUGACAGGAUACUUCCUGAUCCUCGCAAUCUUCUUGGUUGUGACCAGAUCAGCUGUCGUAGAACCAGCAUUCAGAGGUGGCUACAGAGGCCCAUUAGGAUCCACCAGAGUUAGAGGUGCCGUCGAACGCCCAGGAUUCGUAGGAGAGACCUUCGUUGAAGGACCAGGAUUUGUAGGAGAGACCGUCGUCGGAGGACCAGUCUAUGGUGGUGCCUAUGCCGCUGGACCAGUUUACAACGGAGGAUUCGUUGGAGCUCCAGUUGUUGAAGAAGCCUUUGUUGGAGGAGCUCGUUACGGAGGAGCUCGCUACGGAGGAGCCUUAGUCGAAGGACCAGUAUAUGAAGGUGCAGUCUAUGGAGCUGCUCCAGCUUACAGAGGAGCUUUUAUCGAAGAGCCAGUCGUAUACGGAGCUAGAGAAUUCGCCCCAGUCGAAGUAGUAGCAGCACCAAGAGCACCUUCUCAUUAUGUAACAAGCGAGCAUGAAAACAAACUCCCAGACGCUGUAUUCACUUACACAGAUGAGCAUCACACCCCACAUACUUACGAGUAUGUUGACGAUUUGCACAUCCCACACACCUUCGAAUACACUGAUGAGAGAGUCAUUGAUCAUCCUAUUGAAGUACCAGAGACAGUCUUGGUUCCCCACGUCUAUGACUACGAAGAGGAAAUUAUUGUUCCAAAGACCGUAGAAUACCAAGAAGAGAUCAUGGUUCCCCAUACCUACAACUAUAUGGAAGAAGUCCAUGUCCCAAGAACCAGAGAGAUUGUAGAAGAAUUCAUGGUCCCACGCACCUAUGAAUACGUUGAAGAAAUCACAGUACCAAGAACUGUCGAAUGGGACGAGGAAAUCUUUGUUCCCCACACCUAUGAGUAUGUCGAAGAGGUCUCUAAGCCAAGAUACGUUGAGGUUGAGGAUGUAGUCAUGGUUCCACAUACUUACGAAUAUGUUGAGGAAGUCACUGUCCCAAGAACUGUUGAAUAUCAAGAGCAAAUCAUGGUACCACACACAUACGAAUACGUCGAAGGUGUUCCAGUUCCAAGAACUGUAGAGUGGGAUGAAGAGAUCAUGGUUCCACAUCAAUACGAGUGGGUUGACCCAGUUUACAGCACUGAAUACGUUCCAUAUACUGUUGUUGAUGAGACUUUAGUACCCCACACCUACUCCUAUGAUGAAGCUUACACUGUCCCAAGAUACUACGAGUGGGAUGAGGAGGUACACACCCCAUACACCGUUGAGUACGAAUACGAUGAUACCUACGUUGUUCCAAGAACCCAAUACUCUUCCCAUGUUGAAGCCUACGAAGUUCCUAGAACUGUCGAGUGGCAAGAACAAUACGCCGUUCCAAGAACCAUCGCUUACGAAGAAGAUAGAGUUGUAGACAGAAGAGUCGGUGUUGAACAAGACAGACUUGGAUACAGAACUGAAGCUUUCGAGACCCUUACCCCAGGAUAUGCCACUGGUGUUGGAUAUACCGGAUACGGAGCAAGAGGAUUCUACUAAGUUCUUUCAUGCUGAGUAAUCUU